UGUCACUGCUGCGCUACAAAUGAUAUAGCUUUCCCUAGGGGCAUGUCAGGUGUGUUCGCGACGGCGGGCUCUGGAGACGUCCGCGUGUGGUGCCUCGAGACCUGUCAGGAGUUGCUGCGGAUCUCCGUGCCCAACUUCACAUGCAGCUCUGUGCUGUUUAGCGGUGACGGCAAGUCUAUUGUCUCUGGUUGGAAUGACGGCACGAUCCGCGCCUUCACCCCGCUCACCGGCCGGCUGAUGUACGCCAUUUUCAACACCCACAACAAGGGCACGUCGGCGCUGGCGAUGAACUCUAGCGGCAACACGCUCAUCUCCGGCGGAUGUGAGGGCCAGGUCCGCGUAUGGGACAUAAAACCAGAGAAGCAGAUGUUGAAGAAGGUGCUUAAAGAACACAAGAGCCCAGUAUCAGCCAUCCAAGUAUCGCCCAACGAUUGUGAGGCCGUCAGCGCUGGUACAGACGGGUCGUGUAUCAUUUGGGACCUGAUGUCGCUAUCUCGCCGGCAAGUGAUGUACGCGAGCACGCUGUUCAUGUGCGUGUGCUUCGAGCCGCUGGGCUGCCAGCUGCUGACGGGCGGCACGGACCGCCGCGUCGCCUACUGGGAGGCGGGCAGCGGGAACCUGGCCAGAGAGUUGGAGGCGAGCAAGGUCGGAGCAGUGAACGGACUCGAUAUAUCAGCUGAUGGUCACCUCUUCGUCACUGGCUGUAACGACCAGAUCGUCAAGAUCUGGAAAUACCAAGAGGGCAUCUACACACACAUGGGACUAGGGCAUGCUGGAGCAGUGACAUGUGCUAAGUUCUCGCCGGACCGACGCUUCGUCGUGAGCGCGUGUGCUGCCGGCAGCAUCAUCGUGUGGAGGACGCCUGAGAUAUAUCUACAACCAGAGAAGCGAUCGCAGCCAUCGUCAGCCAAGCAAACCCUGCAAGAGAGCCAGCAGGGGCAGAAGAAGCCCCAGACCCUUCAAGAGGAGUUGAGACUGCCGCUCUCGGAUAAACCGGAGCAGGAGAAGAAGAAAGCGUCCGGGGACCGGCAGCAUAGGGUGCCCGCGGCACCAUCUAAGGUGGAGAAGAUAGAAGCGAUGGACACGACACGCAGCAGCGUGCACUCGUGCUGUCCGUGCGACACGGUCCGGUCCGGCGCCGGGACCGCCGCGUCCGGCGCCGGACCGAAGCGCAGUCCGGCCGACUCCGGCAACAAGUGCUGCAGACCACCAGGCAAAACGAAUAACUUACCAACGAAGACGACGAGCAAAGAAUUCGUCAGUAGAGGUGGGGGCGAUAGAAAAUAGCGAUUUGCCUGCCUGCUUAUUGCGAAAUCUUUUUGACACAUUCACUGCCAGGGACCCGGGUAUGUCCUUAAACUAUG